UGUGCAAGCAGGGCAAUGGCUCCAGGCUCUCAGAGAUUCUCUCUCACCUUUCUCCAGGGCGUGGGAUCUUUCUUCAUACUUCAGAUCAUCUCUGUUAAGGCUGAUGGGAAAGUGUUUGCACUUGAGUCCAAGAACAACUCUCAGGGUCUGGAUUUAGCCGAAGCUGAGAAAGCUUGUGUUGACCUGAGUGCUCGCUUAGCAACUGCAGAAGAACUGAAAAGGGCUGUUCUGGACUGUUCUUUUGCUGGCUGCACCACAGGAUGGCUGGCCAGCGGCUCUGCUGGGACAAUUAUAUGCAGAAAGACGGGCAGCAAACAGCAGAGCGUGAAAGCCAUUGAUGUUAAAAUUGAAACCGAUCCCUUUGUGAAUGACCAAUAUGAUGCUUUUUGUGUAAAGGAUGAAGACAAGCCCUGUGGGGACCCGCCGUCCUUCCCCCACACCAUCCUGCAUGGCCACACUGGCUUUGAGAUGGGGGACGAGCUGCUGUACGUCUGUGCCCAGGGGUACGUGAUGGGCAACAAGGAGACGGCUUUCACGCUGCUCUGCGACAGCUGCGGGGAGUGGUACGGGCACGUCCAGGCCUGUGUCAAAGAUGAAACUGAGGCACACAUUGACUAUGAAGAUAACUUUCCCGAUGACAGAUCAAUACCUAUUGCUGAGAAUGACCAUGGCAAUGGCAAAGAGGAAAUUGAGCAGGAGCAAAUGCAGCUUUCCUUCAGUAAAAGUUCAGAGGAAGGAAGAACUGGAAGUACUAAAGGGGUUACUCAGCACACAGACAUUUCUGAAAAAGGAAGCAGGGCACCAACUGAGUCCCCCGUGUCACUCCUAAGCCAAAAAAACUUGUUUUGGUUUCCAUCAGAAAGUUUCAGUGAGCCUGAAUCAGAGAAAGAGACAGAUGAUUCCACUAAAGCACAGUUUUCUGAAGGUGAUAACCACAUUGGAGGGAAGACAGCCUAUGGUGUACCCGGUGCCCAAAUAUUUUAUGACAGUGAGGAUUUCCCCAUUGGACCCAUUCUCACAACUAAUGAUACAAAGAUAACGAUGGAUGCAGUUGCCAUCACUGAUGAGUCGUGGUUAGAUGGAUAUCCAGUAACACAAGAGGUGGUAGAGGAUGAUGAAGAGGGUGAUAAAGUUGAUGGUUCGAUGGGAACAGAAGAUGACAUCAUCCUCACAACUGAUCAACCAAAUCACGUGGAAGAAAGAAAAUCAGGAAAUGGCAGCCCAGCUCUGGAAGAGAGCCUAACGCAGAUUGUGGCAGCAACAGGGGUGGACGAUGAAGGGGCUAAAGAGACACCAGCACCACUUACAUCAGUGAGUGGUCUGGAGAACUUUAGUGUGAGCAGGGGUUAUGAUGAUGCCGUGUGGGAACAUCCAGCUACAUCUCUGGAAACUCUGACUCAGGAGCCCACUACAACGAUGCUGUUUGACAUAACCAGCUCAAAAACAUCCAUGUCAGAAACCUCUGUGACCGUCAGCCCCUACACUCCAUACACAGAACCAAGAGACACAACCACCUACACAGAACAAGUAGCAACCACUGCACCAGACAUCAUUACUGACACAGUGUCCCAGGAUUUAGCAGAGCAAGAAAGUCUCACUCAGGGCCUUGGAGAAAAGCCCAUCCCCACUUCUGAGCCAUGUGAAGGAGAGGAUUGUCCCAAGUCCAGUAAAGGUGCUAUCAUAGCAAUAAUAGUGAUUCUUCUCUGCUUGUUACUGGUUGCAGCUGUUCUGGCAGUGUGGUUUUUCAAAAAACGGCAGCAGAAAAAUUCUGUCUAUAAACUAAAUGGAAGGUGUCAGCCCAGACAUCACUGUUACCACCACUACCACCACCAGCACAUUGAAAUGCAGAAAGUCUAA